AUGCGUUCAUUCAUUUCUGUUGCGGCCGUGGUCGCCACCACCCUCGUCUCCUCGGCCGCCGCUGCGCCUUGGGGCAACGGUUUAUUCUGGGGCAACCUGAACCCCAACAAGUGCUUGAACCCGCACUCGGCCAAAUACCUGGUCGAUGCCUUCGGCGGCCUGCUGUCCAACUACACGACGGCCAACGCCGAGAAGUACCUGGCCGACGACUUGACCGACUGGUCGGACAGCAUCAACUUCCUUGCCGGCCAACCGCUCGGCAAUGCCACUUUCCCCAGCAAACAGGCUUUCGAGGCAGGCCAGGGAGCUCAGCCGGCAAUCCCCUUUGAGCUGCUUGCCAUCGAAGCCGUCACCUGCGACACCAUUGCUCUGCGCUGGAAGACCGGUCUGCAACCGGAGCCCGUCAAGGGCAUCACCAUCCUGAAGGCCGAGAACACCAAGAACAACAACGACACGUGGCAAAUCAAGACCAUCUACACCGAGUUCAACAGCGCUUCUUGGGUCCGGGAUAUCGGAGGCAACGUCACGCUGCCCAGCUACGGAUGA